AUGAACGGUAAUCUAUCGUCAAGCCGACUUCGACUUGAAGUACUUCCUGAUGAACUUUUCUUGGAAAUUUUUCAAUAUGUUGAUCCUGUCGAUCUGUGCAGUUUCAAAGGUCUCAACAGACGAAUCGAUGGUAUUAUCGAAGCUGUCAGAGUAAAUAUCGCUGUACAAUGGCAAGAGGACUAUGAGCUUGAUUAUAUAUCAAGUUUUACACCGACACAAAUCAUCCGUCUGGAAAUACAUCGUGAAUGGCCUUUAUUGAAUUUGCAUACAUUGCCGGAACUACGCUCGCUGACACUUGAUUGUAAUUGUCUUUCGAAAGAACAGAUGAAUCAGAUCGUCAGUGUCAGGCUGCCACAUCUCGAACGGCUCUCAGUAGACAGUGUGACGCAUGAUUUGCAAGAAUCGUUACUUGAUACUCUCUUCCAAGGUGAACACUUUCCAUCACUCACGACUUGUCGUCUUAAAUUAGAGUAUUAUUACACUUUCGAACUCAAUGAAUAUCGAACAUCAUCAACAAACAAUGCAAUUCGUUGUUUUACUAUUGACAGAUGGAAUCUGUUCAAUCUUGGCUCUCUAUGGAACCAGUUGCCUAAUCUACGCAGAUUCGAAACGAGCUUUGACGAAUGGUUCCAGCCCAAGAUCUGUUCAAGUAAACCUCAUUUAUCGAUCAAACACGUACAAGUUACGCUGAGCGAUCCUUUACAUGAUUUGGAAAAAUUACUCGCAUUGACGCCUAAUCUUGCUCGAUUGCGCGUUCGAGGAGGUCUUGGCAGAAGUUCUGUAACAAGUUAUUUUGAAAAACUGGCCAAACUCAUGCCCAAAAUUGUUCCUCUUCUUCAGCGCUUUGAUUGUGAAGUUUACUGCUAUUCGACCGACACUCGUGAAAACGAAUUCAAUAUUCAGAAACUUCACACAUUUUUUAAGAAAGUCCGAUGCCUUUCUGGACAUGGUCAUAAUCAAUGCUACGCCACCGAUAUGAAAAUCUAUCCGCUCAACAAUGAAUAUGAAGAAUCAUCACCACGUCCCUUGGUUUCACACACAACCUCAUCAUUUCACCACUACUACGAUGAAUACGACAGAUACAAUGAUGAUUAUUAUCAGGAUUACGACAAUGAUGAAGAUGAAGCAUGGGCAAGAAAUGAGUAUGGUAAUGGGCCAGGUAUGUACUGGGAUGGUGAAUCAGAUGAAUGGUGCCCACUGCCGUGA